UGAACAGCAGGGCAUGUUUUUGGACCGUUGCCAUGACGAAAUUGUCAGGCCUUACCGAGGUGGAGGAUUUGGAGCACCGCAUCCUGGCGGAGGCUGCUGCCAAGGAGGAGCUGAAGUGCAGCGCAGAGGUGCUGGCGCAGUCCCUGAACCUGGCGCUGCUGCGCCUCAAGGACGCUUGCAGGGCAGAGCCGGCGGGCGACUGGCUCCAGCGCCAAGUGUGGCAGUUCUGCGAUGACGUGCAGGAGCAGCUGCGGAGGCCCAGCCCCCACAGCGCGGCGGCGCGCAGCCACGAGGCGCUGGCCGCCUCGCUCAGCACGGUGCGCCGGCGCAAGGGGGCGCUCAAGGCGGAGAUGGCGCGGCAGAAUGAGCGGCACCAGGCAAUCUUGAAGGCGCGGGAUGAAGCGCAGGCGCAGGAGCAGGAGUUGCAAGCGCGGCUGCAGCGCCAAUCUGGAGAGAUUUCUCGUCUGGAGCAGUCUCGCUUUCAGAGUGACGGGGCUGUCGAGGAAGUGGCCGUGCAACUCAAGAGGGAGCAGGCAUCCCACCUGCAAGAGUUGGAGCGGGCUCACGAGGCGACUCUUUCGCGAGCACGCGAGGAGCACCAGCUGGAGAAGGGGCGCCUCCUGCGACGUCUGGCUGGCUCCGGCGCGGCACUGCGGGCGCUGCAGAAGGAGGCGGCGGGCCUCAGGCAAGUGCACUCGACGGCAAUGGCGCAGAUGAAUGCGGAGCUGGCAAGAUGGAAGGAGGGCAGCCGCACGGUGGGCCGGGACUUGUUGGAGGCGGUGGCGCGGUGCCAGCAGAGCGCCAGCCGGGGUGCCCGGGCGGCGGAGGAGCGUUUGCAGACUCUGCGCGGCCGGCUGGUGGCACAGCGAGAGGCGGCGCUGGGGUCCCUGGAGGCGUGGCGCCAGAAGGGCCUGGCCCUGGGCGCGGAGGCGGAGCAGCUCGCGAGCGCCGCCGCCGAGGAGACUGCCCGCCUGACCCGGGAGCUCAGCGUGGCAGAGGCCCAGCGCUCCGAGGCCCGGCGCAGCCCACGGAGUUCGGCGGGGGCGCUGGCAGCCGGCGCUUUGGCCCCGGCGGCCGCAUGCACGGUAGCGGCGCUGGGGGCGGAGGAGGCGCGCGCCCAGGCAGACGCUUUGGAAGCGCGGGUCCGCGCUCUCGUGGACGAGCGCGUGGCUUUGGAGGACCAGAGCGGCGCCGAGCGUCUGGGGGAAACGCAGCAGGAGUUGCAGAGAGCGCUGGCGGAGAAUGAGCGGCUCCGUCAGCAGAUGGAGGACGUGCGGCUGGAGGCCAACGAAGCCUUCCGAGCCGUUGAGGCUGAGGAUCGGCCAGAGGCGGACGUGGAGGAGCUGGAGCAAAGGCUCUCCGGCUUGGAGCUGCAGCACGUGCAGCUGAAGGCGGAGCUGGUGGUGUUGCAGAGCCGCGUGGAGGGGGAGGCGACGGACCGGGCGAAGCUGGAGCGCGACCGGGCACUUUGGAGGGCCCAGACGGAACUGGCGAGGAAACUGCACCUGGAAGUGGAGCAGGCGGCGCAGCAGGCGAAGACCGCCUGGGUGCAGGAAUGCGACCAGCUCAAGGAGCAGCUGGCUUCGGCGCGGGCCAAGGAGCAGCGGUUGCGGGACGCGCAACACGCGCAGGUAAAAAACGUGGAGCCACGGGACCUGCGGGACCCGCGAGACCCACGAGUGGUGGGGCAGCUGCAAGCGGAGCUGAAGGAGGUGCAGCGGUGCCUGGGCACCGUGGCCGCGGCGCUGUCGCGGCAGAGCGCCGCGAAGGCGGCCGCCUGCACGCAGCUGCACAAGGUGGGAUCCGUUGAGGCUUGGACGCGGAUGAGUUCCGCCAGGCCCAAGCCGAGGAGGAGGCGGCGCGGCGGACGGCGGAGGCCCUGGAGGCGGAGCUGCGAAAGCUCCAGCGCCUGCGGGCGCAGGGCGACGCAGACUCUCGGCUACGCAGCGUUUGGCAAAGCCUGGGGGUGGAUCGCCUGCACCGUGCAGAGCUGAAG